AUGGGUCGCAUCGACGGCAGCUCUGAGGCCCUGCAGCAACUCCGCGCUGAGCUGGAGCCGAUCCAUCGCGACUUCUACCGCCUCGAUGCCCUGACGCUGCGACGCGGGCUGCGGCUACCGCGUGUGGCCGUUGUUGGAGAGUUGUCCAGCGGCAAGUCGUCCGUCUUGGAGGCAUUCACCCACAUCGACUUCCCCGUUGGAGCAAGUCACGGGACCCUCUUCACCACGGCCGUCAUUCUCCGCUGCACCUCGGUGGCCAAGGCCGAUGCCAAAAUCACCACCGGCGACAAGAGCAUCGCGUCGGGCACCAGGAUUCAACCUCUCAAGGGGAGCGGCGCAGACCAGCGUGACCUCGCCGGCGUCAUCGCGGACUCCAAGUCGUUCUUGAAGAUCGAGGAUACCGACGCCUGCUACCCGCAACACGGCCUCUACGUCAAGAUUUCCGGGCCCAAUCUACUGCCGCUGUUCAUCACGGAUCUCCCCGGAAUACGCUGGCAAGCCAAAAACCAGCAGGAUGCCCUGCUUUGUCGGGAGCUGGCCGGCCGGGAGAUGCUCAACCCAGACGUCACGAUCCUCGCCGUGAUCCCGGCCCAAGACAGCCCCAACGCCUUCAGAAUCCUCGACAUGGUGAGGCAGUAUGAUCCAAAGGGCGAGAGGACACUAGGGAUCAUCACGAAACCUGAUACGGCCUUUUCGCAGGCGGAACAGAUCAAGUUCGCAAAGGUCGCCAUAAAUAUGGAUCCCGAAUACAAACUUGGCCUGGGCUGGCAUAUACUACGCAACCGGUCUCCAUCAGAGUUGGGGACUUCCUCGCAAGAACGCGAUUACGUUGAAAGCGAGUUCUUUCGCUCUGCGCCGUGGUCAUCCAUCCCGCCCCAGGCACGCGGCGCUUGGAUGCUGCGUGUCCGGCUCAGCCAGAUCUUGCAGGACUCGAUCAAAAAGAGCUUCCCGGAACUAUCUAAGGCUACAGAGGAGAAACUGCAGGCCAUUGGCGCGCGUUUAACACGGCUUGGGCCGUCUUUAUGUAGCGUCGACGAGGCGAGAAACUACAUGUUCAAAGUUGCCGCCCAUUUCCAGAUUCUGGCGGCGGCAGCUCUCCGCGGCGACUACAGCGACGGCUUCUUCGGCGAGAUUACUUUUGCCAACGAGUCUUCUCCAUCUGAGGACUCUCGUGUGAGAAAACUUCGCACUUUAUUGAGCGACCUGAAUAGUGCCUUUGCGCUUGUGAUGGUUACGAAGGGUGCACAACGGCACAUUACUGAUCUAGAACGCCUCCAUGAAGACGAAGUGCACAUCUCGCCGCACUUACAACCUCUUGUCGACUUUUACCACCACGAUGAUCCCAUUUCCACCUCGAGGAAUGAGCUUGUGUCUCAAGUGGAGCACAUGCUAUCCCCCAACACUACAGGCGUAGGAUCGGUAACAGAGACAGUGGUCUCAAGUCUCUUUCGUGAGCAAUCAUCCGCGUGGAAGUCAAUAGCAACAACAUACCUUGAACUCACCAAGAGUUCAGUGAAGGCUUUUGUUGAAGCGGCCCUGGCCCAUAUAAUUGGGACUGACAAUAGGGCGUUGGGCGAAGUGCUCAAGAUAUUUGUGGAUCCGUUCUUGGAACGGCAAAGCCAGAAGCUCGCAGGGAAGUUGAAAGAGCUGCUCAAUCAUUACAACGAGGGCCAUCUUCAGCCACACGAUACUGACUUCCGGCGCAUACUCCUACAGGGUCGAAGGGGCAUAGAGACCCAAUCUGUCCUUCAAACCCCAGUCUCGACGACGGAUCAAGAAGCCUGGAGCAUUACUCGAUCCAAUGCGGAAUCAGUCGUAACUGAAAUGACGAAGUACUAUAACUUUGCCCUUCAAACAUUUACAGAGAAUGUCAUCAUUCUUGGAGCUGAGAACUGCCUUGUUUCACAAGUGCUGGAGAUACUAAAUUUGGAUCGAGUUCUUGAGCUCAGCGACGAUAAACUAGCGCUCUUGGCCACCGAGCCACUGGAGACGACACAAAGGCGAACUGAGCUCCAGCAAGAGUGCAGUGUCCUGAGAGCGGCGCUGAAGGCCUGCCAAAAGUACCAAAACCGCGGCUUUUCAGGAAUACCCGUCGCAUUGCGGGAAAUGAAGCCGGCUGACAAAGUCACGGGCUUUCCUGCUCAACCUUCACCCAACCCCCAACCGAAAGAGAUAUUCGAAGUUGAAUGA